AUGAACGUCGAUCAUGCACAGGAAUUCGACGAUCCUUGGUAUCUCCAUAUCAGGGAGAAUCCUAAUUGGAAUCUCGUAUCUCCGCCUCUGUCCGAAGUAUACUAUGCGUCAUGGAAUCGAUCAAUGAAAAUUGCUCUCGGGGUGAAAAAGAAAUAUGGAUUUGUUGAUGGAUCCAUCACUAGGCCUGAGGAAUCUGAUCGGAGAUUCUCUGUUUGGAGGAGAUGCAACAACAUUGUUUGCUCGUGGAUCCUCAAGCCUCUUAGCUCCACGAUUGCAGAAGGAGUCUUGUACCUUGAGACUGCAUCAGAUGUGUGGAACACUCUGAAGAUGAGAUAUUCUCAGAUAGAUUCACAUAGGAUUGCUGAACUGCAAAAUGAGAUCUACCGAUGCUCACAAGGUAAUCUCUCAAUCAAUGAGUAUUUUACUAAAAACAAUGGUUUAUGGAUGCAAAUGAAUGCUAUGAGGCCAAUUCCUGCUUGUGAAUGUGUUCCUAAGUGUACCUGCUCCCUAGUAAGCAAAAUCCAAAAGGAAAAAGAAGAGGAUCAAAUCAUUAGGUUUUUGGAAGGCCUAAGUGAAGAGUAUGAGAGUAUUAAAUUUGCAAUUCUUGUUAUGGAACCUAUUCAUGCCAUUGAGAAAGUGUUGAGUACGGCUUUAAAAAUGGAAAGGAAAAUUAAAAACUCUUUCAAUCAAAGGAACAAUGAUACAGUUCAAGCAAAUGUUCUGCAAAACAAUCAAGAUCAGUAUGAAGAAGAACAGCCUCUAGUGGUAGUCUCAGCCCUAAACAGUAAGAAAAAAUACAAUAUUGGCAGUGGAAAUGGGAAUGGAUCAGGAAAGAGUAUGCCUAAGUGUACUUUCUGUGGGAGACUUGGUCACACCAUUGACAAAUGCUACAAGAAAAUGGUUGGUGAUGUAGGUCUCACAUCUGAACAAUUUCAGAAAUUGCUGUCUCUAUUACAGAAUCAGAACCAGUGGAAUCAAGCAUCAAUUAGUGCAGCUGUGACCGUCAGUAAAAAUGUUCUUAAGCCAUAUUUCAAAAACUCUACUGAAGGCAGAUCACAUUACAUGUUCUUUGGAUUUUUUGAGACAUGCCAUGUCAUUCAUGAAGUUUCUGUUAAGUUGCCUAAUGGAGAAAUGAUGAGUGUCUCACACAUAGGACAAGUCAGGCUAGACAUGAACAUAUUGUUGCAAAAUGUUUUGUACAUACCAUCCUUCAAUUUCAACAUUAUAUCUGCAACAAAAUUGAUAAGGCAGUCAGGUUAUGAAAUCAUUAUGAAAGCUGACUCUUGUAAACUUCAGGGACCUCUUGGGAUAGUGGAUGGUUUUGCUAAAAAAAGAAAUGGGCUAUAUCUGAUAAACAACCCCCCUGUCAAGAAGAAGACUGGUACUUCAGAUGAAGUUUCUAGAUCAUGUAACAAUUUCUCUUUAUAG